AUGUGGAGAGGAAACUACGAAAGAUGAACGAUGUCAAGAGUAUAUAAGCUGGCGGAGAUCGAAUACUGCAUAUCAGUCUUGUUUUGAUAGAGCAUAAAGAAAGCAAUCAUGUCUCGCGUCAUUUUCGCUCUCCUUGUUCUUGUGGCUAUUGCUUCUGCCAACCCAUUACAGCGAACCAAUUGUGGGGAAAAUGAGGAAUUUGUGACCUGUGGUUCAGCUUGUGAACCUUCUUGUGGUGUUACAAAAGAUAUUUGUACUUUGCAAUGCAUAAUAGGCUGUCAAUGUAAAGAAGGAUACCUUAGAUCUGGUAACGGCGCAUGCGUUUCUCCCAAUACCUGUUAAAAAAUAUUAAACGAUUUUAUUAAAUUAAAAGAAGUACUAUUUACGCUAAUAACUACAAAAAAUUAGUUAAUAUUAUACUCAAACGUUUGCCGCUUUUAUGACAUUUUAUAUACUUAAAAUUUUACUUGUUUCUUCGAUUUUAUAUGAUUAUUACAUUAUUAUAAAUAAAAUAUGUUGUUUUAUUAUGUAA